UAAUUUGACAGUUUCUAUGUCAUUAAUCACUGUUAUAUGGAGUGACAUCACAUUAUAUAUAAUAUAAUAUAUCGAUCAGCCACAACAUUAAAACCACCUGCCUUAUAUUGUGUAGGUCCCCCUCGUGCCGCCAAAACAGCGCCAACUUGCAUCUCAGAAUAGCAUUCUGCGAUUAUAUUCUUCUCACCACAGUUAUACAGGACAGUUAUCUGAGUUACCGUAGACUUUGUCAGUUCGAACCAGUCUGGCCAUUCUCUGUUGACCUCUCUCAUCAACAAGUCAUUUCUGUCCACAGAACUGUCACUCACUGGAUGUUUUUUGUUUUUGGCACCAUUCUGAGUAAAUUCUAGAGACUGUUGUGUGUGAAAAUCCCAGAAGAUCAACAGUUACAGAAAUACUCAAACCAGCCCAUCUAGCACCAACAAUCAUUCCAUGGUCAAAAUCACCGAAAUCACCUUUUUUCCCCAUUCUGAUGGUUUAUGUGAACAUUAACAGAAGCUCCUGACCCGCAUCUGAAUUAUUUUAUGCACUAAUAAUGAAAUAAAUUAAUAUGUUGGCACAAUUAUAUUUGUGUCUACAAAACUAAUCUCAAACAUUUAAGCAUACGCCUUCAGAUCAAAAGGUUUUUAAGGUUAUGGGAAACAUUUCAGUAAAGUGACCCCAGACUUUUUAAUGGCAGUGUAUAUCACAAAACUGGCUUUAUCAGCUCAUAUUGGCAUACAAAGUCAUGAUUCAGUAUCUUUCUCUGGCAGGUGAACACAACUGAGAUACCAAAUAGCACACUGAACAUCACCCUGCCUAGGGAGUUGCUGAGAGAAAAUGAGACAGAACCGAUAGUCUUUUGCACGAUCAACUCAUCUAUGCUUUUCUCGCAAUGGAAUAUAACUGGCAGUCAAAUUAUUUUGUUGACCGUGGGAAACAAAUCUAUCUCAGGUUUGAAGAACACUGUGAACAUCUCAAUGGCUCUGAGUGACGUUGGGGACAGAGAGCCAUCCUGCCAGUAUCUUGAUUUUAAUACUUCAGAAUCAGAUUUAUUGCAAGCAUUUAUACCGGACGGUUGUACUACAUACUAUAGGAAAAACGAGGGCCGAGUUGUUUGUUCGUGUGAUCACCUCAGUUAUUUUGCUGUGUUAAUGGUACCAUCACCUAAUACAUCUACAACGGAUAUGGUGAUCCUGACCUACAUCAGCCUGAUUGGAUGCAGCAUAUCUUUGGUGUUCCUCGUUGUGGCUGUUGUCCUGUACUUCACAAAACGACGUGCUUUUUCAGACAAGUCUCAGGAAGUGCACAUCAGUCUUGCUUUGGCCCUCAUUCUGCUGAAUGUGCACUUUCUUCUGAAUGACUUAGUUGCAAGAUUAUCUUCCUAUGAAUCAUGUGUGUGCAUUGCAAUUCUGCUUCACUACUCUAUCUUGGCCACCUUCACCUGGACAGCCAUCGAGGGUGUUCACCUGUACCUGCUUCUGGUGCGAGUCUUCAACAUCUACAUCAAGAGAUACCUGCUUAAACUAAGUCUUGUGGGAUGGGGUUUCCCUGCUGUGGUCAUUGCACUGAUACUCAGCAUUGACAGAAAAGCAUAUGACCGUGUGACUCUGACAUCUACAGAUGUGAAUGCUUCCUCCAUCCAUAUGUGUUAUAUAUCUAAUGAGAAGAUAAAGAUUGUGACAACAAUUAGCUUUUUUGGCCUAGUGUUUUUGUUUAACAUAACUAUGUGGCUGACUGCCUUGUGGCGGAUCCUCUCAAUGGGUUCAAAUCAUCAAGCAUACACACAGAAACACAGAGCGAAGAAAGACAUCUGCACAAUGCUUGGCAUUACCUGUCUGUUGGGCAUCAACUGGGGUCUGGUGUUCUUCUCCCUUGGCAGUGUCAGCAUAGCAGGCAUUUACCUCUUCUGUCUCUUCAAUUCACUUCAUGGAUUCUUCAUUUUUCUCUGGUUUUGCAUAUCCAAAUGCCAGACCAGGGAUGACACUACACAACUAACAACUAACUCUACCAUCUCUACCACACAAACCAGCAGCAAAUGACAUGCAAGACAUUUUAUCUAACUAGUGGGGUGAAAGAUGCUCAGGCUUGCUCAUAUGCAUGCUUUCCCGGAAAGACUAAAGAUGUUUUCAGGAAAUCAGUCAAUAUUAAACACUUAGUUGAUUUUAGUUGAAUUAAGUAAAGGGGUAGUUGGCGUGAAAUACUUUGUAAAGUUGACGUCCUUCUGUGUGACAUUUUUUGCAUUAUUUUCUUUUAUCAAUAUUAUUCAUUAUUUUUUUAUAAUUAUUUUGCAUAAAUUAUUUUAUUAUUUGGAAUAUUGAUACUUUUAAAAUUAUUUUGUAACACCACAGGACCAUUCAAAGUUAAAUAGUGAUGGAACAAAUUUGAUUAAAAAUGGAAUAACCUUGAAUAUAAAUUUUCCUUCAUACAUUCAUAGA